UCAGCAGCAGCAGCAGAAAUUUGAAUCGAGUCCGUACAAAAUCGCUCCUCCUUCUCCUCCGACGAGUCACGAGCUGCUGUGUAAUUUUUUUUUUUGAAAAAAAAAAGAAGAAAAAGUGCCUCGUCUCCUUCCCCGCUGCGCCAUCCAUAUAUGCUACAUCUCCAUCUCCAUUUGCCAAAGUACUUCUCGAAGUUUCGCGAACAACAAAGAGGGGUUGGGGAGGGGCCGAGGGGGAGGAGGAGGGGGAGGGGGUUCGUAGAUGGAGUUCACGGACGCGUACAAGCAAACGGGGCCCUGCAGCUUCUCCCCCGACUCCCGCUUCCUCGCCCUCGCCGUCGAUUAUCGCCUUGUCAUCCGCGACGUCGUCUCCCUCAAGGUGGUCCAACUAUAUUCAUGUGUCGACAAGAUAAGCUACGUCGAAUGGGCCCCUGAUUCCGAGUACAUACUUUGUGGUCUCCAUAAGAGGCCGAUGAUACAGGCGUGGUCAUUAAGCCAGCCUGAGUGGACUUGUAAAAUAGACGAAGGCCCUGCCGGUAUUGCUUAUGCCAGGUGGAGCCCUGACAGCCGGCAUAUACUUACGACAUCAGAGUUUCAGCUACGUGUUACCGUUUGGUCGCUGGUGAAUACUGCAUGCGUACAUGUCCAGUGGCCAAAGCAUGCCUCCAAGGGUGUUUCUUUCACCCAAGAUGGAAAGUUUGCAGCUAUCUGUACAAGGCGAGAUUGCAAGGAUUACAUAAACCUCCUUUCCUGUCAUUCUUGGGAAAUCAUGGGUGUUUUUGCUGUUGAUACAAUAGAUUUGGCAGGCGUUGAGUGGUCUCCCGAUGAUAGUGCUAUCGUCGUCUGGGAUUCGCUUCUUGAAUACAAGGUUCUAAUCUAUUCUCCAGAUGGGAGAUGCUUAUUCAAAUAUCAAGCAUAUGAAAGUGGGUUAGGUGUGAAAACUGUUGCCUGGUCCCCCUGUGGGCAAUUCUUAGCAGUGGGUAGUUAUGAUCAGGCAGUACGGACAUUGAACCAUCUGACAUGGAAAACUUUUGCGGAAUUCAUGCAUGUAGCAACCAUUCGUAGCCCCUGUAAUGCUCCUGUUUUCAAGGAAGUCGAUGAACCCUUGCAACUUGAUAUGUCCGAGUUAUGUUUGAAUGAGGACUUUCCACAUAACCUUCAAGACAAUUGUCCUGAAAGUGCCGCAGAAGGAAACUCCAGAGUUAAGUACAAAGUAAUGGAUCUUCCAACCAGCUUGCCAUCACAGAAGCCAACAAUAGACAAGCCAAACCCCAAACAAGGAGUUGGUCUGUUGCAAUGGAGCAAUGAUAGCCAAUACCUCUUCACGCGUAAUGACAACAUGCCAACUGCACUUUGGAUAUGGGAUAUCUGCCACCUUGAGCUUGCUGCAGUCUUGGUGCAGAAAGAGCCGAUCAAGGCUGCGGCAUGGGAGCCGACUUUCCCUCGUGUCGUCCUGUGCACAGGGAGCUCUCAUUUGUAUAUGUGGAGCCCAAGCGGAGCUUGCUGUGUUAAUAUUCCAUUGCCAAAGUUUAACAUCUGUGACCUAAAAUGGAAUGCGGAUGGGCGUUGUCUCCUCCUCAAGGAUCGAGAAUCCUUCUGCUGUGCUGCAGUUGUCUCUGUGCUGCCAGACUCAGCGGAAGAUAGUUCAGAUGAUGAGUAAGGUUCUCUUUUAUGUGCUUUUUUUUUUUUUUUGUGGUGUUAUUAUGAGGAGAUUUAAAUAUGCUUGUUUCUGCAUGUAGCUUUGUUGUACUAUAGUUCUGCUAAAAUACAAAUCAAGGUUAUUUUGUGUCGAAAA